AUGGAGCGAAUUUUCACUAUAGCUACGGCGUUACUCACAACAACUGCGUUAGCAGCGACUAGGCCUAUCGUUUCUCCCAAAAUUACGCCAUUCAGCUUCGCAUCCAAGCUGGUCUCAGGUCAGAGGGCCACCGUUAUAUGCUCCACGUUCGAAGGCGACCGACCGCUAACGUUCGCCUGGCUCAAAGACGGAUCUACGCUAUCCAAGCACAACAACGUCGAGUGGAACGAGGAAAAAGGAUAUUCGACGUUGAACAUCAGUCCCCUGUCUCUGCAAGACAGCGGCAACUACACGUGCGUAGUGAGCAACUCUGCUGGGUCGGACUCGCUGUCAAGCUCGCUCGUCGUUCACGGUCACUCUCUCCGCGAGGACAAUGCCCGAGUACGCCAGUGGGACAACGGCACACUGCUCAUUGCGAGGACAGCGAAGGACGACGCCGGACGCUACAGGUGCCAAGCCGGCAACACCUUUGGAGACAUGCUGGAGGAGGAGGCUCUCCUCACGGUAAAAUUACCUCCCAAAGUUCUACCUCUCGUGAUUCCAAAGAACCUGCUCGUGGGAGAAAGAAUGAGCAUCACUUGUGCGGUGGCUUCCGGAAGCAAACCCUUGACGUUCGUGUGGCUUAGAAAUGACUCGGCUUUGAGAGGUGGAACUUCAGUCCACAUCGCCGACAGUUCCGACUACUCGACUCUUCACAUUGAGAAUUUGAAGAUAGAGCACGCUGGAAACUAUACGUGCGUCGUGAGCAACGCUGGCGGCACUGUGUCCUAUUCGGAUACUCUUCAUGUCAAGGCUCCACCGUCCUGGACGACGGAGCCAAAGGACGUUACCGUCACUGCCGGGGACGCGGUAAUGCUAGAGUGCACUGGAACCGGCUUUCCCAAACCUACAAUAUCAUGGACCAAAGUGGGUAAAGAGACGAGUACGAACACUGCGGACGGACUCUUCAAAAUUGCGACAGCUACCAAGGAGAACGAAGGCCAUUACCGGUGCGACAUCACAAACGGCAUCGGAGGAAGCCUCAGCAAGACCGUCAGCGUCGCAGUAAAAUUUCAAACGAAGAUCCUGCCGUUUGCGUUCCCUAAGAGUUUACUAAUCGGAGAAAGAGUGAGCAUCAUCUGCACGACCACGGCAGGCGCCAAGCCACUCAGCUUCACUUGGCUCAAGGGUGGGAAGCCGUUAACAAAAGGCGGAGAUGUCAACAUCGCCAACAGCCCGGAGUUCUCUACUUUGAGCAUCGAGAACCUCGAACUCACCGACGCUGGAAAUUACACAUGCACAGUGAGCAGCUCAGCGGAAACCGUGUCGUACACAGACACCCUUCAGGUCAAAGCUCCACCCGUGUGGUUGACCGAGCCAAAAGACACCUACGUGACAGCUGGGCAUCAAGUGACGAUUCCUUGCAAAGGCGAAGGGUUCCCUCCGCCAUCCACAACCUGGACGAAGCUAGGCAAGGAAAUCACAAGGCUGGACGGCAGCACCAUAACCAUCUCGUCGGCCGUAAAAUCAGACGAAGGAGCCUACCGAUGCCGUAUCGAUAACGGCAUUGGAACUGCCCUCGAGAAGACUGUUCAUCUAGCCGUCAAAAGUAGGCACUUAAGAACAUUCGGCGAUUUUAGUCAAAACCAGCAAACCGCCGUCACCGCUAUUGAAACUUCCGUUUUGCUUUCAAAGCAAACCCCAGCUUAG